CGUCAGCUGACUGAGACUGCCUUUCUCCCUAGGUGGGCUAGCUGGUGUCAUGUGGAUGGAUACCAGGGUGAGGCACUCAUCCUGCUAGUCAGGCAAGAUGCUGGCAGGAGGGCGGGACCAGGGGGUGGAGCUUCUAGAACAAAGGAGAAUGAGGAGCCCUGGGGGCCCAGGCUGGGCAUCAAAAAGGCCCUGUGCAGAAAGCAGAACACAGACAGCCUGCCUCUGUGUCCAGCAGCCAGCCAGACACCCUGUACCUGCUCCCUUCAACUUGCCCAGGCUGGGCAAGUACACAGCUCUGUCGACAGAGGCCUUGCUCUCCAGCGUGAUUGCGCCCACACUGCUCUGUGCCUUUCUUUACUUGGCUUGUGCUGCUGCUGAACUUCCAGAGACGACCAGAGGGAUGGCCACCAGCAGAGCCAGAAGCCAGGAAGGCCACCGGGAGCAUGCCUUCAUCCCAGAACCUUUCAAUGGGGCUAAUGUAGCCCCCAGCCUUUGGCUGCACCGAUUUGAAGUCAUUGACGACCUUAACCACUGGGACCAUGCCACCAAACUGAGGUUCCUCAAAGAGUCACUCAGAGGAGAUGCCCUGGAUGUCUACAAUGGACUCAAUUCCCAGGCCCAGGGUGACUAUAGUACUGUGAAGGAAGCUCUUCUGAGGGCCUUUGGGGGCUCUGGGACAGCCCACAGUCAGAAACCCAGAGAGAUUUUGUUUGCCAACAGCAUGGGUAAGGGCUACUACCUUAAAGGGAAGAUUGGCCCCGUGCCUGUGAGGUUCCUGGUGGACUCUGGUGCUCAGGUAUCUGUGGUCCACCCAAGUUUAUGGGAGGAGGUCACUGAUGGUGACCUGGAUACCCUUCGGCCCUUUGAAAAUGUGGUCAAAGUGGCCAAUGGAGCAGAGAUGAAGAUCUUGGGUGUGUGGGACACAGAAGUGACCCUGGGCAAGCUGAAGCUGAGUGCACAGUUUCUGGUGGCCAACGCAAGUGCAGAAGAGGCCAUUAUUGGCACUGAUGUCCUGCAGGACCACAACGCUGUUCUGGACUUCCAGCACCGCACCUGUACUCUGAAGGGGAAGAAAUUCCGAAUGCUGCCUGUUGGGGGGCCCUUGGAAGAAGAGUUCGACUUGGAGCUCAUUGAGGAGGAGCCCUUGGAGGGCUCCCAUUAAGAAAUCCCUUUCCUUUCCCCCAGCAUUGGUGGUGGUGGUGGGGGGUGCUUGUGUUGUGGGGAGCAGAUGUCCUCAGAGGGUGCCAUUGGGCCUGGCCAGUCUUUAUACUUGUUCUCAACUUCCU